AUGGGUUAUAAAGUGAGCCCGGAAAUUUUACAGACAGUUACAUCGGUCAUCGCCGGUGUUCCGGAGAUGGUAAAACCCACUUGGGCGGCUCCAUGCGAAUUGCGUUUGGAUGUUUGGAUUGACAAUAUUCGCAUCUCCGGUAACUCACAGGAGGUCGUCAAAUGGGAGCAGCAAGUGAGACGACGGGCAGACGAAUGUCGCGCCACUAUCGGAGAAGUGAUUUCUGUGGCACAUUCGUAUACCUUUUUGGGUGUCGUUUUCGAUCACAGUUCGCGUACCGUGGGUCUGAGCACGAAAUGUAUAGGCAAGUUGCAGGACAUCAGACCAUUAAGGUUAUGGACGGUCGCGGAAAUGGAAGUCGCGGUGUCUCGUUUCCUGUAUGCGGCGGCCAUACUGGGGGUUCGUCUGACAAAAUUUUUCUUUUUCUUGAAGGCCGUGCGGCGACGAUUAUCUGCGUUGAACCGCGGACGGCUUUCCUUAACCGCACAGGCCCGUCUCCCUCGGUCAGCAACACGAGAGGGCCGUGUCUUAUUACGAACGCUGCUCCGCAACGAGAAGCGUUUGAUCACGGAUGCCUCCCUCCAUGGAUGGGGGGCGAUCAUGUUUUUGGAAUCAGGCGAGGUCAAGAUUGCAGGCGGCACUUGGAUAACGCCGCCGGCGUUAAUAGUGCAGGCGGAGGCCAGAGCUGUACGUUUAGCUCUUCUCGCUUUUGCAGAGAUCUUGCCCCAGCACAUACAGGUUUUUGUGGACAAUACUUCUUUGCAGCAUUCCGCAAGGAAGGGGCACGCAAAAUCGUAUGCUUUGACAUGGGAGUUGCAUCGCAUUUUGAGAAUUUUGGACUCCCGAGGAGUACAAGCAUCUUUCGAGUACGUUGAAUCUCGGGACAACCCAGCGGACGGCCUGUCACGGGGCGCCGUGUUCUCUACGGUGGACUUGGCGAAGGGGGUUCAACUUGCGAAGGGGAGCGGAGGGUUCUGGAGAGGAAGGGACUCUAGAAUCUGCCACUUCGUAAGUCCUGCCGGGUAA